AUGGUUUUGCCGCGGUUUUCUUUCAACAUCUCAUUUUGGCUUCGCAAACAUCCGUGGCGUACUAAUGCCGCUAUAGGAUCAUCGAUUGGAUUUUGUGCCGAUGUUAUGGUUCAGUGUGUGUUUGGGAGACCACCUCCGCCAUCUGACUCACCUCUGGUAAUAAAAUGUCCUGGGUUUCUCCAUUUCCUUAUCUCAAAACUUAAGGGUGUGGAUAAUGCCCCUGUUCCUUGGAUUGAUCUCCGGCGCAGCUUCAUUUUCUCCAGUUUCACAGUAGCUUUUAACACCUACUUUUUUCUUAGUGUGUAUCGAAGGCUGGAUAUUCUUUAUCCACCAGCUAAUGUUACACGACGCAUAGCCCUAGUAAAAGGGUUUAUGAGUUGGAUAGCGGCAAAUUUGACUACACCCUUGUAUAUGUUUUAUGUGACAGUGCUAAGUCAUUACUUUAUAAAUCGCACCGGUCGUCGGUAUGUUGAUGUUGUUGGGGGAGGUGAAGUUGGUUGGUCUCUAGAUUAUCCAUAUUUUCGUGAAGAAGUGGGGAAACAAUUAUGGCGACAACUACGAAAAGAUUGGCCAGAUAUGACAUUAUAUAGUUUGGCCUUUUGGAGCGUUAAUUGGCUGCCGAUGUUUUACUAUAUCCCUCCUCAUUUCCGAUACGUAUAUGGAUCUUUGCUUCAGGUGGUCUGGAGCUUUAUUAUGUCUCACUUGAUGCAUCGUAAUGUAAAAGUGAAUUAA